UGUGCAGCGUGGAAAACGACAAAUGCGCCCGGAAGGUCUAAAUUUAAAUUAAACAAGAAAGGAAUAUCUGAAAAAAAAUCAAUUUUGUGUGUAAUUAUAAAAAUAAAAAAAUAAAUAAAGUCUAUUAAACUGAGGCAGUUGAAAUGCGAAGAACGCGUGCCAAGCUUCAGACACUUUCUCUCUGUCGCCCUCUCUGCGUCUCUCUUGCUUCCAGUGAGAAAUCUGUGCUGAUCGGUCACUUUGGCACGUUUGUCUGGCGUUUACUCAGUUUCCAAUUUGACUUUUGACGGCGCUGAUCGCCAGUUUCGCUCUCUCCGCAAACACAGAUUUCAAGUUUGCCAAGAAGGUCUCCUUCAAAAUCAAUAAAAAAAAGUGCCGGGACAGAAGUGUGUGUGUGUGCUAUUGAUUAACAUUUUACUAAUUUUAAAUUGAUUUUCCUAUGUGUACAACGUAACGUGUUCGUGUGGCGCCUCAAUUGAAUUGCUCUUAUUGCAUUAAUUAACAUAGUGUUAAGUCAUAUACGUACAUCUGUAAAUAUAUAUUUAACCCACUGCCCAUGCUUAUGGAUGCAGUUGUGUGUGAGUCACUGUACAGUUAGGAGUCGGAGCUGGAGAAGUUAACCCACAACUUCUGACAUCAGAUUACGAAUUUAAAUUGUUUUCAUCGCUUUGCGCGAAUCGCUAUUUGAAUACCCCACGGACGAUGUGUACCGACCCACGCACUACGGCGGUUACGUGAACAGAGGCUACGAUGAUAUAGAUAGUUCCUACCACUUUGCCCAAUUCGAACGGAUGGCAGGGGUUCAUGGCGGGGGAGCAGUACUCCCACCCUACGCAACUACGAACUCGGAAAUGGAGCACGGCAGUGGGGAAGCGGAUGCCUCGGCGGAGGACUCCAACAACGAGGGCGAAGAGGAGUUCCGCGAUUGCACGGACGACGCGGUGGACGAGCAUCGAAACCGCUGCCUGCCCGAGUUUCAGUUCUCGCUGGUCGAAUCGGAAUACGACGAGACUUUGGGAUUCCCCGAUUCGGUGACCAUCCUGUCCGACGUAGGUGACAAGCCGGUGCUGGUGGAACGUAAGGAGACGGACGAUGACGAGGAGGAGUUCGACGACGAGGAGAACAACAGUGUGGUGCUGCGCCACGAGAUUCCAUUCACCAGCAUCUACGGCCCGAGCGUCAAGUUCAACUCGUUCCAGCGCAAGGUCUUCAUUCCGGGUCGUGAGAUUCAUGUCCGCAUCGUCGAUACGGAGCGUAGCGUCACAACACAUCUGCUGAAUCCCAACUUGUACACCAUCGAACUGACCCACGGUCCCUUCAAGUGGACGAUCAAGCGACGCUAUAAGCACUUCAACUCGUUGCACCAGCAACUCAGCUUUUUCCGCACCUCGCUCAACAUUCCCUUCCCCAGUCGCAGUCACAAAGAGAAGCGUACGACGCUGAAGGCUACUGCCAGUCAGAUGGCCGAUGAGUCCACCCUCAAGGACCUGCCUGCCCACACCAAGGUCAAGCAGACCAGCACUCCCAUGGGUGGUGAAGGCCAGAGCAACAAAAACACCAUCAGCAAUGGUCACAAUGCAAUGGCUAUCGUUAGUCCCAGUCACAGUUCGAUUCUGGCGGGAUUCACACCCAAACGCAUUCAGAAAAAGCGUAAAAAGAAGAAAAAGAGGAAGCUACCGCGAUUCCCCAACCGUCCUGAGAGUCUGGUCACCGUGGAGAAUCUUACCGUCAGGAUCAAGCAGCUGGAGGAUUACCUAUAUAACCUGCUAAACAUCAGUCUUUACCGAUCUCACCAUGAAACGCUGAACUUUGCUGAGGUAUCGAAUGUGUCUUUUGUGCCUGGUCUGGGCAUCAAGGGCAAGGAAGGCGUGAUCCUAAAGCGAACAGGCUCAACGAGACCCGGCCAAGCUGGAUGCAACUUUUUUGGCUGCUUUCAGAGGAACUGCUGUGUGCGCUGCAACUACUUUUGCUCCGACGUGGUCUGCGGCACGUGGCGCAGCCGUUGGUUCUUCGUGAAGGAGACAUGUUUCGGCUACAUCCGUCCGACGGACGGCAGCAUCCGAGCGGUGAUCCUGUUCGAUCAGGGCUUUGACGUCUCCACUGGCAUUUACCAAACCGGCAUGCGCAAAGGUCUGCAGGUGCUGACGAACAACCGGCACAUUGUGCUCAAGUGCUGGACACGGCGCAAGUGCAAGGAGUGGAUGCAGUACCUCAAGAACACGGCCAACUCGUAUGCCCGCGACUUCACACUGCCCAAUCCGCACAUGUCCUUUGCCCCGAUGCGCGCCAAUACGAACGCCACGUGGUAUGUGGAUGGCGCCCAGUAUAUGUCCGCCGUGGCCGACGGCUUGGAGGCCGCCCUCGAGGAGAUCUACAUCGCCGACUGGUGGCUCAGCCCCGAGAUCUACAUGAAGCGACCCGCACUCGACGGCGACUACUGGCGCCUGGACAAGAUACUGCUGCGCAAGGCCGAACAGGGAGUGCGCGUCUUCGUGUUGCUCUACAAGGAGGUCGAAAUGGCAUUGGGCAUCAACAGCUACUACAGCAAGUCCACGCUGGCCAAGCACGAGAACAUCAAGGUCAUGCGACAUCCGGACCAUGCUAGAGGCGGUAUUUUGCUGUGGGCUCAUCACGAAAAGAUCGUUGUCAUCGAUCAGACCUAUGCCUUCAUGGGGGGCAUUGAUUUGUGCUACGGUCGCUGGGAUGAUCACCACCACCGCCUCACGGAUCUGGGCAGCGUGUCCACAUCCUCCUUUUCUGGCAGCACGCGUCGCACGCCCAGCUUCUACUUCAGCAAGGAUGACACGGACUCUGCUUUCGGCUCCCGCAAGUCCUCGCGAAAUGCUCACUACGAGAAGUCGGGCCAGGAGAGGCCACCGUCACCGUCACCACCGCCGCCGCCGCCGCCGCCGGAAGAGCCGAGUACCAGCAUAGAACUUAGGAGCCUGAAGCCCGGCGAUCGCCUGCUAAUACCAUCGAUGUUGGUUCCCAGUCCGGGAGAAACGCCCGGUGAAUCGAGCAUUGCCCUGGAAGGCAUGAAGCUCAACACCCCCGAAAUGGAGCGUAAGAAUGUGCUCGAUCGUCUGAAAAACAACGCGAUGAAGGGCGCUCGUAUGGGCAAGGACUUUAUGCAACGGCUCACAACUACAGAGGCGGCGGAGGAGAAGGCCGACGAGGUGUUCACCGUUGAGUCCCAGGACGUCACGGACUACGAGGCUAACCAGAACAUGGCUUCCGGCGGCGAGGAUGGGACGCAUAACGCCGCCAACAGUACGCAAAUACUCAGCGAGUUCUGCGGCCAGGCCAAGUACUGGUUUGGCAAGGACUACUCCAACUUCAUACUCAAGGACUGGAUGAACCUCAACUCGCCGUUCGUGGAUAUCAUCGAUCGGACGACCACGCCGCGGAUGCCAUGGCACGACGUCGGCUUGUGUGUGGUGGGUGCUUGCGCCCGGGACGUGGCCCGCCACUUCAUCCAGCGCUGGAACGCCAUGAAGUUGGAGAAACUGCGUGAUAACACGAGAUUCCCCUACCUGAUGCCAAAGAGCUACCACCAGAUACGGUUGAACCCUCAUCUGCAGCAGCGUCGCCAGCAGCGGGUCACUUGCCAGCUCCUGCGCAGCGUCUCCGCCUGGAGCUGUGGCUUCAUCGAGGCCGAUCUGGUCGAGCAGAGCAUCCACGAUGCCUACAUCCAGACGAUCACCAAGGCGCAGCAUUACGUGUACAUCGAGAACCAGUUUUUCAUCACCAUGCAGCUGGGCAUGGGCGUUCCGGGGGCGCACAACAAUGUGCGAAAUCAGAUCGGGGAGACUCUCUUCAAGCGGAUAGUGCGGGCGCACAAGGAACGAAAGCCCUUCCGUGUUUAUGUGAUAAUGCCACUGCUGCCGGGCUUCGAGGGCGACGUGGGUGGCAGUACUGGGAUAGCAGUGAGGGCCAUAACACAUUGGAACUAUGCAUCCAUUUCCAGGGGGCGCACUGCAAUAUUGAACCGCCUUCAGGAAGCAGGUGUUGCCGAUCCGCAGAACUACAUUUCAUUCCACAGCCUGCGUAACCACUCCUUCUUAAAUAACACACCAAUCACGGAGCUGAUCUAUGUGCACUCAAAACUGCUCAUUGCCGACGAUCGCGUGGUGAUUUGUGGCUCGGCCAACAUCAACGAUCGCUCGAUGAUCGGCAAGCGGGACUCCGAAAUUGCGGCCAUCAUCAUGGACGAGGAGUUUGAAGAUGGCCGGAUGAACGGGAAAAAGUAUCCAAGCGGUGUGUUUGCCGGACGUCUGCGCAAAUAUCUGUUUAAAGAACACUUGGGCCUUCUAGAAGGCGAGGGCUCAGGUCGCUCUGACCUCGACAUCAGCGAUCCCAUCUGCGACAAGUUCUGGCACGGCACUUGGCGUAGCAUCUCCACGAGGAACACGGAGAUCUACGACGAGGUGUUCAAGUGCAUUCCCACGGACUUUGUGAAGACGUUUGCCAGCCUGCGCAAGUACCAAGAGGAGCCGCCGCUUGCCAAAACGGAGCCUGAGCUGGCCGCCAACCGAGCCAACGAAAUUCAGGGUUACCUGGUAAACCUGCCAUUGGAGUUCCUCAACAAGGAGGUGCUCACGCCGCCCGGAACCAGUAAGGAGGGCCUAAUUCCUACCUCUGUAUGGACAUAGUCUGCCAAAAGUCUCCAAGAGGCACCUAGAUUUUAGAUCCCUAUGGAACCCCUCUUACCGUUUACCACCCCACCAAAAGCGCUUAAACCUAACGCUUGUCAUUGCCAAGUUACAACCCUUCUAUAUUGUAUAUAAAUACCCGUAGAUAACUCUAGAUACUACCAAACUACUUGUAGUUAUGCCUUACCAAUAGUUAAUUUAUUUUACGAUGUUUGUCUAUGUCCUUGUUGUUAUACUUUUUUUAUGAUGUUUAAACAGUAUUUGAGACCGAUUUACACAAGUUUAUUAAAGUGAUAUGAAGUGCAACUGAA